AAACCCCAAAACACCAACAUUCAUUCUUACACAAAACGACAAUAAAUUUGUGAAAAAAUGGAGCUUUCUACUUAUAAGAAUAACUGCGAAGAAGGCAGUACGACAGAGAAUAUUGUGUUCUUUGACUUGGAAACGACAGUGCCCAGAAGAGCCGGGCAACGGUUCUGGGUAUUGGAAUUCGGUGCAAUCGUAGUUUGCCCUCGAAAGCUGGUGGAGUUGGAGAGCUUCAGUACUGUUAUAAGGCCAGGGGAUCUGUCUGCCGUGUCGUUGAGGUCUUCUCGGUGUGAUGGGAUUACUCGAGAAACGGUAGCCAAAGCGCCGUCUUUUGAAGAAGUUGCUGAUAAGAUUUUUAACGUUUUGGAUGGCAGAAUAUGGGCAGGGCAUAACAUACAAAGGUUUGACUGUGUAAGAAUUAAGGAGGCCUUUGCAGAUAUUGGUAGGCCUGCCCCUAGACCUCUUGGAAUGAUUGAUUCUUUAAGAGUUUUGACUCACAAGUUUGGCAAAAGAGCUGGUAAUAUGAAGAUGGCGACGUUGGCUGAUUAUUUCGGGCUUGGGCAGCAAAAACACAGAAGCCUUGAUGAUGUUCGGAUGAAUCUUGAAGUUCUGAAGCACUGCGCAACCGUUCUUUUUCUGGAGGCAAGCCUCCCAAGCACAUCGAAUGGAAGCUGGCGUACGGACUGUAAUAGUACAAUAAUGACCAGAAGUAGAAGCCAUGGGAAACUGGUGUGCCGGGAACGAGAAGAACCAAGUCGAAAAUCUCCCCCAACUUCUAUUGCUACUUAUAAUAUUGGAUAUCAACGAUCUGUUCCCUACACGAGGGCAAGUUUGGGAAAGAUGACAGAGAGAGUGAAGAAUCUUGUGCUCUGUAAAGGCAAUGGAAAUCAGCCUUUGAUAAGCCAAUUACUCAGGCAUUCUCAUUCGCUGCUCCGGUGACAAAUUAAUAAUUUCUAGAGAGAGAGAGAGAGUAAUGAAUCGCCGACCCACGACGUUGAUUUUUUGCUGCCUCACAACUCCUAAUUGUCUGAUCUAAUAAUUAUUCUUUAUUCAAUUAAUGUAUAUGUAGAUUUAUUGAGAAUAGGUCGAUAAAUAUAUAUUUCCACGUAAAUUAACAAGCUAGCCAGACCGUAUUCAUUUGUCAAAUUGGCGGAAGGAAAAAACGAAUUGAUGAAUAUUACGGUCGAGAGGACAACAUUGAAUAAAGAGUAGUACUUGACUUCAUUAUUAAUCUUGUUCGAUUGAUUCAUUUAUCGAAAUGAAGUGCCCUAGCAACACCAUGCACCUCGCUUUUAAUAUAUUCGAUCAGUUAUGUUGCUGUAUAGAAAACCAUGAAAUAUCUAUUAAUUUAUUUGGUUUCUCAUUGAUAUUUUCAAUAAAAACAAUCAUUUA